AAUGUGAAAUACUCCAUUUUGUAAUUUGUGUAAAUCACAUAAUCGCAAUAUAACGUUCGAGUAAAGGGUUUAUACAGCUAAAACCUCCAAUGGCGUCGGCGAGCAGAUUCGCCGCCGUAAUCGGUAGGAGGUCUCUGCGCAUUCGCCCCAAUUCAUGCCCUAAAUUCUUCGACUCAAAUCACAAAUCCGUCCCCGCGUUCUCUUCUUCGACCAGCCAAUCCACUCGUGCUGUUACAAGGUUUGCUCCUGUGUUGGGAAGCUUGGGGACAAUGCUGCCGCUCCAUAGUACGAUUGCAGCUGCUCGAUUGAAGUCUUAUAUCGCCGUUGAUACGACCUGCUGGAGUUGGCUUUCUCAAGAGUUUGGGAUUCCUCGGUGAACAAUGAUCCAGACAACAUUGCAUCAAUCAAUCUCAGCCUGGUGGCAUUUGCUUAUUCAUGUUCAGUUACUCUAUGAUCUCCGUUUCCUGGAAUGAGUCACUGUGGACUCUAAAACGAAGGAUUGCUAAUUUACCCUUAAAAGAUGGAUAUACUGUUCGGAUGUAUUUGUCCCUUGUUGAUGGUCUCGAUUUUUUUCCAAUUCUAUUUUUCACAAUAAGUUAUUACUUCAUCUUCA